CUACUGAUCUCUGGUGAAUACGAACGCGUAGCUUGGCGAGCAGAGGUUCUCCGCUACUCACCGCUGGUUCCCAAAGCAAUCCUUAGAACGAGAUCGAGAACUAUAGUACUUCUGAAAAACUAUUGAAAAACUCUAUUGUUGAAACAUUUUUAAGAUCUCAUCUCUGGCCACGGGUAUAGCAUUUCCCUCAAAACAGUAAAUGUAGUACAUACAUAUAUAUAAAGAAGACGCUGUAAAGGGGUUAUGUGUCAACUAGGUGGCAGUGUACGCUGAUGUGGAAUAGUAGUAGGUAGCAGUGGAACGUUGAAUACAGCUGAGUCGAGCCAAGUGCGGUUAAGUACGGUGUACUGGCCAAUGUCGAUUGUACUUGUUUGCUAUCGUAGCAUAUUAGUAUGGCUGAAUAGUCAGUAUUGCUAAUGAGAUAGUACUGUACGGUACAGAGACCUGCUUAGUCACGUCCAGUGUUCACUGUAAAUAUGUUUGAAAUCACAGACACGCAAAAAAUUGGCGUUGGUCUCGCUGGUUUUGGAAUAUCCUUUCUCUUUCUUGGGGUCUUGCUCCUUUUUGACAAAGGUCUCCUAGCGAUCGGCAACCUCCUCUUCAUAUCUGGAUUGGGAUGUGUGAUUGGACCAAGAAGGACUCUUAGCUUUUUCUUUCAGAGACACAAAUUGAAAGCCAGCAUUUCCUUCUUUGGAGGCGUUAUUGUAGUGCUGAUGGGCUGGCCAAUUGUUGGCAUGAUUGUCGAAACUUAUGGAUUUGUUUUACUUUUCAGUGGAUUCUUACCAGUGGCAAUAAAUUUUCUGCGAAGGGUACCAGUCUUGGGCACGUUGCUAAAUAUGCCAGGUCUGAGCAGGAUUCUUGACAUGCUGGCAGGUGAUUCGAACAGAACUACAGUAUGAGCUAAACAAAAACACUUUUUUGUUAUAAGCAAAUUGAUUAUUGUAUAUACGAGUCACGCAACAGCAGCUAUUGCCACUUCGCAUUACCAAUCCUCCUGAUCAUUCCACCAAUGAUACUUUUAACUCAUUUUUGUAAACAAAUAUAUGCAAGAAAAAUGCACUUUAUGAAUCAUUAUGAAAUCCAAAAACCAUCAUAUUUAUAGUCAGAAACAUACCAGGUUUUUUUUUUAAUUAUCUCUUUUACCUGUUAAAUUUCCAUUUUCCAAUCUAUCUUGUACUUACAGUCUCUCAACUUGCACUGUACUCAUAAGGAAUAAAAAAAUCUCAUUCAAUUUUA